ACUAUGCUUGUUCACAUUGGUGUUUAGAAGAACUUGCGAAAAUAAUUGAGUGCAAAGAGAAAUAUGGACAGAUUGUAAUACCUGUUUUCUAUGGGGUAGAUCCUACAAAUGUACGACAUCAAAAGAAGAGUUAUGAAAAUGCAUUUGCUGAACUUGAAAAAAGGUGUAAUUCGUCCAAGGUGCAGAUAUGGAGACAUGCUUUGAACACAUCUGCUAAUUUGUCAGGAAUUAAGUCAUCUGAUUUUCGAAAUGAUGCUGAGCUACUCGAAGAAAUCAUCAAUCUAUUGUUGAAGAGGUUGAGUAAGCACCCAGUUAACUCAAAAGGACUUAUUGGAAUUGACAAAUCAAUUGCACAUUUGAAUUCAUUGUUACAAAAAGAGUCAGAAAAGGUCAGUGUCAUUGGAAUUUGGGGCAUGGGAAGUAUUGGCAAGACAACUAUUGCAGGAGAAAUUUUUAACCAAAAUUGCUCUGAAUAUGAAGGUUGUUGUUUUUUGGAAAAGGUAAGCGAGCAAUUAGGAAGACAUGGAAGAACAUUUUUGAAAGAAAAACUUUUUUCUACACUAUUAGCAGAAGAUGUGAAAAUCCGUUCGCCAAAUGGGUUGUCUAAUUAUACUGUGAGAAGGAUUGGUCGUAUGAAGGUUCUUAUUGUUCUUGAUGAUGUUAAGGAAGAAGGUCAGCUAGAGAUGUUAUUUAGAACUCUUGAUUGGUUUCGAUCCGAUAGUAGAAUAAUUUUAACAACUAGAGAUAAGCAAGUACUUAUUGCUAAUGAAGUUGAAGAUGAUGAUCUAUAUCAGGUUGGGGUAUUGGAUUCUAGUGAAGCACUUGAGCUUUUCAAUUUGAAUGCCUUUAAACAAAGUCAUCUUGAAAUGGAGUACUAUGAUCUAUCAAAGAAAGUGGUCGAUUAUGCCAAAGGAAUUCCAUUAGUUCUUGAAGUUUUGGCUCAUCUACUUCGUGGAAAAGACAAGGAAGAAUGGGAAAGUCAGCUGGACAAACUUAAAAGACUGCCGAAUAAAAAAAUUCAAGAUGUAAUGAGGCUCAGUUAUGAUGAUCUUGAUCGUUUAGAGCAAAAGUAUUUUUUAGAUAUUGCAUGUUUCUUCAACGGGUUGAGGUUGAAAGUGGAUUGCAUGAAACUUUUAUUGAAAGAUUUUGAAAGUGAUAAUGCAGUGGCUAUUGGGUUAGAAAGGUUAAAAGAUAAAGCUCUUAUAACAAUUUCUGAAGAUAAUGUAAUAUCUAUGCAUGACAUUCUACAAGAAAUGGGUCGGGAGGUUGUUCGUUAAGAAUCUAGUGAAGAUCCUAUAAAAUGCAGUCAACUAUGGGAUCCUGAUAUUAUCUAUGAUGUAUUGAAAAACGACAAGGGCACUGAUGUUAUUAGAAGCAUACGUGUAGACUUGUCAGCGAUCAGGAAGCUGAAGUUAAGCCCUCAUGUAUUUGCUAAGAUGACCAACCUGCUAUUUUUGGAUUUUCAUGGUGGAAACUAUCAAGAAUGUUUGGAUCUUUUUCCUCGAGGGAUUCAAUCUUUUCCAACUGAUCUAAGAUAUAUUUCUUGGAUGAGUUACCCUCUAAAAUCAUUGCCAAAGAAGUUUUCUGCGGAGAAUCUUGUUAUAUUUGACUUGUCAUUUAGCCAAGUAGAAAAGCUUUGGUAUGGAGUGAAGGAUCUAGUUAAUUUACAAGAAUUUAGACUCUUUGAUUCACGAUCCUUGAAGGAGUUGCCAGACCUUUCAAAAGCUACAAAUCUUAAAGUAUUGAAUAUCACACAAGCUCCAUUGUUGAAAAACGUCGAUCCAUCUGUUUUAUCUCUUGACAAUCUUGUCGAAUUGGAUCUAACUUGCUGUGAUAAUAAUUUAAGCUUCCUCUUUUAUCACCAACUGAAGAAAUUCAAAAAACUAAGGACAUUCUCAGAGAUAGCAUAUAAUAAAUUUCCAGGACAAGAUCUAACUAAGAGUUGGAUCAAUGAACUGCCAUUAUCUUUUGGAUCUCAAAGCACGCUAGAAACCCUGAUUUUCAAAGGCUGUAGAAUUGAGAGGAUACCUCCAAGCAUAAAAAAUCGUACUAGACUAAGAUAUAUAAACCUGACUUUUUGCAUCAAGCUUCGGACUAUACCAGAGCUUCCAUCAUCACUUGAAACUCUAUUGGCUGAAUGUGAAUCACUGAAGACUGUAUGGUUCCCUUUAACAGCUUCUGAACAGUUCAAGGAAAACAAGAAAAGGGUUCUGUUAUGGAAUUGUUUGAACCUGGAUAAACGUUCUCUUAUAAAUAUUGAGUUGAAUAUUCAAAUCAAUAUAAUGAAGUUUGCAUAUCAACAUUUAUCGACACUGGAACAUAACUAUGUUGAAAGUAAUGUUGAUUACAAACAAACGUUUGGUUCUUAUCAAGCAUUUUAUGUGUAUCCAGGAAGUACCGUUCCUGAGUGGUUGGCGUACAAAACAACACAGGAUGAUAUGAUUGUUGAUCUCUUUCCAAAUCAUCUCCCCCCUUUGUUGGGCUUUGUUUUUUGCUUCAUCCUUGCUGAGGAUUACCAACAUUGUGAACAAAUUGAGUUCAACAUCAGUACAAUUGAUGACAAGGAUGAUGAUGAAAAGGAUGGUGUCAGUAUUUACAUGAAUAGGACACCUCUCGGUAUUGCAUCAGAUCAUGUGUGCAUGAUACACGACCAACGAUGUUCUCGGUACCUAACUAGAGUAGCAAAGAAUCAUACAAGGUUUAAAAUCAAGGUUACAGCAAGGACAGAUACGAAUGUAAAGCUUAGAGAAAGACCAGAGGUGGAGUUAAAAGGGUUUGGCAUAAGCCCCAUAAGCAACUCAACAUAUCAUAAUCUCAUUCAAAAAAUGGAAUUGUUUGAUUAUAUGAACAAAUGGAAUAGGACUGUGCUUAGUAUCAUCCUAUGUAUUUCCCUCCUACAGUUGAAGAUGAAGAAUUUGAUCUAGAUGCAAGUAGACACAGUUAACAUUGAUGCAUGGUUGUGGCAUUUCCAAUAUUCAAGGCAGGCGAAAAAGUGCAGCACAAGGGGAUUUUAGAAAUAAAGCUAUGAAACUCAGAUCACUGAAUUUUCUUUAUAUGAAACUGAAUGGAAAUUAAUCUUGUGUUAUAACAAAAAAAUAUUUCUUGAUUUUUCCUUCUAGCUAGGUUGAAAAUGAAGCUGUAGGACCAGAACUUCAGAGGUAAUUGAAAGUUAUAGGUUAUCUCUGGUUUUCUUGUUUAACUGAGAACUUCUAUGAUUGGUUUUAUUUGUAACACAUGAAAGUGUAAGUUCAUUUAAUUAACAAAAAUAAAAUUUAUUGAA